UUGCUGGCGGUCCGCCACGUUUCGUCAAGUGCCAACCUUGCUAAGUUGUCUUUUCAAUAGUAAUUCAUAAGCUCUCAUUCUUUUACCUAAAAAUUGUAAAAAUGAGCGGUCCUCCCGUUGCCUCGCCGAUAUAUAAAAUAGGCAUCGUGAAACAGGUGCUUUCGGGAGACACCGUAGUGAUAAGAAAGCAGCCUCAGGGCGGUCCGCCUCCCGAGAAAGUCAUCGCUCUAUCCGGUAUCACAGCGCCGAAACUCGCUCGGCAAAGAACUGCCAACAAUGAUAUCGAAAGUAAAGAUGAGCCAUUUGCUUGGGAGGCUAGAGAGUUUCUCAGGAAAAAACUUGUUGGCAAGGAAGUUAUUUUUACGGCCGAUAAGCCACCUAAUUCCGCAACCAGAGAAUAUGGUUCUCUUUGGGCAGGAAAAGACCCUACAAAGGACGAAAAUAUGACGGAAGCAUUACUAGCGGAAGGCCUAGUUAAAGUUCGAGAAAGCGGACGGAACAUACCCCAAUUGAAAAAAAUGGUAGAGCUGGAAGAAACGGCCAGGUCGCAAGGAAAGGGUAUCUGGGGAGCAGACAUUCAGAAUCAUGUCCGAGACAUCAAAUGGACAGUGGAAAAUCCUAAAUCAUUUGUAAAUAAAUUUAAUGGACAACCAGUUAAAGCUAUUAUCGAAUAUGUGAGAGAUGGUUCAACAGUCAGACUAUGCUUGUUGCCUGACUUCACACCUAUUACCCUUAUGCUCUCAGGAAUAAGAUGCCCUGCUAUAAAACAAGAUGGAGAUUCGGAGCCCUAUGCAGAAGAAGCACGUUUUUUCCUUGAAUCGAAAUUACUUCAAAAGGACGUAGAAGUCAUUUUAGAGUCAGUUAACAACAAUAAUUUCGUCGGCACAAUUCUUCAUCCUCAAGGAAACAUCGCGGAAGCGUUGGUGAAGCAAGGAUUUGCUAGAUGUGUCGAUUGGUCACUUGCAGUGAUGAAAUCGGGAGCAUCAGCUUUGAGAUCAGCGGAAAAAGCAGCUAAAGAAGCGAAACUUCGCAUAUGGACGAAUUAUGUGAGCAACGCACCCGUCAUUGCCGCUAAGGACAAAGAGUUCACGGCCACUGUUAUGGAGGUCGUCAACGGGGAUGCACUGGUGGUUAAACUGCCAAAUAACACCACAAAAAAAAUAUUCCUGGCCAGUAUCAGGCCACCAAGGGAAAAGAACAACCCAGAUGAAGAGGGUAAGCAGUCUCCGAGACCCAAAGGUUUCAAAGCCCUCUACGAUAUAGCGUGGAUGUUUGAAGCAAGGGAAUUCUUACGUAAGAGGCUCGUCGGCAAAAAAGUACUAGUCAUAAUUGACUAUAUUCAACCAGCUAAAGACAACUUUCCAGAAAAGAUUUGUUGCACAGUUAUGGCAGCUGGAAUAAAUAUGGCCGAAGCUCUAGUGAGCAAAGGCUAUGCAACAGUGGUAAGAUACAGGAAUGAUAACGAUCAGAGAAGUGCAUAUUACGACAAACUUCUGGAAGCUGAACUGAAGGCGCAAAAAGCUGUCCUCGGAGUCCACGCUAAAAAAGAUAUACCAACACACAGGGUUCAGGAUACUAGUGGUGAUUCUGCGAAGGCGAAAAAGUUUUUCCCAUUCUUGAAAAGAGCUCAAAAGUCAGAAGCAAUUGUUGAAUUUGUUGCCAGUGGAUCGCGUAUGAGACUGUACAUCCCGAAGGAUUCGGCCCUCGUCACGUUUCUGCUAGCCGGCAUCAACUGUCCGCGAGGAGCUCGCCCGGCCAUCGGCGGCGGGGGCAUGCAGCCCGCUGAGCCAUAUGGCGAAGAGGCGCUGCAGUUCACCAAGGAAAAGUGCUUGCAGCGGGAUGUUAUCGUGUCCAUUGAAGAAAUGGACAAGGCCGGCAACUUCAUUGGUUGGCUGUGGGUGGACAAUGAAAACUUGUCAAUUGCACUCAUUGAGCAUGGUUUUGCAUCAAUGCAUCACACAGCCGAAACGUCGGAAUUUGCCCGCGCAAUAAAAACCGCGGAGGAAAAUGCAAUGAAAAAUAGAAUCGGGAUCUGGAAAGAUUUUGUCGAAACGGAAAAAGAAGUUGAAAGUACAAAAAAUACGCCAGUCCAAGAUCGUAUUGUUAAAUAUGAAAAAGUGAUCGUAACCGAAAUAACGCCUGAGGGCACGUUCUAUGCUCAAAACAUUGAACUGGGUACCAAAUUAGAGGCAUUAAUGGAAAGAAUUCGGCAGGAGUUCCAAAGCAAUGCUCCCCUGCCGGGCGCCUAUGUGCCGAGGAAAGGUCAGAUUUGCGCAGCGCGUUUCACAGCUGACGACAAUUGGUACAGAGCAAAAGUUGAAAAGUUGUCAGAAAACAAAAUGGUCCAUGUAUUCUACAUUGAUUAUGGUAACCGAGAGGUGUUGAGUCAAACCCGACUCGCGCAACUCCCCGCGGGCACUGAGGUGGAGCCCGCUUACGCGACGGAGUACUCGUUGGUUUGCGUAAAGUUCGCGACCGACUCCGACGAUCGCCUCGAGGCCGUAAGAGCAUUCUCCAUGGAUACGUUGAACAAGAAGCUGAUGCUCAACGUGGAGAUCCGCGGCUCACCGCCAGCAGUAACGCUCGUCGAUCCUACAACUAGCACAGACAUCGGAAAGAAUCUGGUUAAGGAGGGUUUGGUACUGAUGGAAAGCACCCGUGAUCAUCGGCUUAUCGCACUCGCGGCUGAGUAUCGUCAGGCGCAAGAGCACGCGAAGAACUCUCGGCUGAAUCUCUGGAGACACGGAGACAUCACGGAUGACGACGCCGUGGAGUUCGGCGCUCGCCACUAGCGCCCUCUGCCCCGAUACGAUGACACAGCGAUUCCUCCGCACACCCUCACGUGUGCCACGUGCGCCGAGGCGCAUGUGGAAUCUAUAAUAUGCUCCAUUUUAUAUGACGUACUUCGAUAAAUCUGCCAGAAAAUACAUAAGAUGGACCUAUGUGUAGUUUAUAUGCACUGACCAGGCCUAUCUUAUGCAGUGUUGAUUAUUGUUAUUUAUUCCAUUGUUUACAGACUGGUUCCCUAAAAUUAAAUUACUCUUUUCUUUAGAAAAUAAAUAAACAUAAUAACAGUGUAAAUGAUCAUAAUAAUAUGAUAUACUAUAAUAUCAUAUGCAGUGUUCGGAAUAACUAUCUAGAAAUGUUUAUACUGCCAUAAAUAAAUGUUGGACAUCAUUGCCCUAAAGGUCAACUUACGCUGACGACUAAUACUAAAUAAUAUCACAGUUUCCGGAAUUGAGGUAUUCAACAAAAUCGAAUUUCUAUAUCUGGUGGGCUUCACCAAUCUCCAAGUCUCCAAAUUAAAUUUGAUGGGCUACACCAGUCUCCAUGUGUUCUCGCCAACUUUAGGCGUUUGUACUGUAUACUUAUUCCGAUCGCUGACUAUAUGAGAGGAAAAUUGGCAAGGCUCCCUUCCCGUGUCCUCUGUGGACACGAUCGUGUGGAUAGUCUCCCAUUGUACUGCAUAAUAAUAUCAACAGUGCGAAAUGUAACAAUCGUAUCUAUAGAGUGCCAACAGGAGGCCGUUGGUUUCGCACUUCUCUAAUACAGUAACCACCAGAUAUUAUUCUCUAAACUUAACUAAAUUGUUAGGUCUAAAAGUUUUUGUAAUGGGUACAUUUUAACUAAUUCCAAAGUGAACUGCUAAUUCUUUUAUCGCAUACAUUCUCUAAACUAAAUUAACAGGUCUAAAUCUAGUGCUAUCCUUUUCCGAAGAGAGAUUGUAAAAGCGAUAGCAAAACAUUUAGACAGCUGUCAAUUUAGUUGUUCACAACAGAAUUAGCCACAAUGUACAAAAGAGAACACUUCUUAUAGAUCUGUCAAUUUUGUUUACAAUGUCUACAUAUUUUUAUAUUUUGGUAAGAUAAACUGAAUUAUUAAUAUAAAGAAAUAGUAAAUUAUACUAUAUAUUAUAGACUUAUAGAGAUAGAGAUGGCAAAAUUGUCUUUAUUUAAUUUAUAAAUUAAAUAUUAAUUUUCAUAUUCUUUGUUUUUUUUCUGAAAAAUAUAUUUUCUAUCACCUAUAGUACGCGACAGGUUGAGAUGGCAAUCGGGGUAUGAGGCGAGGAGACGCCCCACACAGCCGCAGCAGAUUAGCUCAACCUGUCGCAUACCAUGUUGUGUAUAAUUGCGAUGGAUGUUCUCACUUUGAUUGGUUACAUGGUUCAAUCUCUGUCUACAUUAUUAUUUUUUACUUUGUUAACAUUUGCUUAUACUUCUUUUUAAAAUCUAAGAUGCACAGAAAAGUUGAGGGUUAUUCCUUUUCCCUUAGGGUAGAUACUCGGAAAUUAUGACUUCCGUCUAUCCGCCCCAUCUGGGGAUAGUGAUAGUAAAAACGAACUCGCGUUUCCGAGUAUCCCACCUUAGGGAGGAUUUUUUAAGUGGAUAAACAGUAUAACCUAAGUGAAGUUGAGUGUGUCUAAGCUAAGUGUGAUUUACCUGAUGUUAAUAGUAAUAAUUAAAGAAGUCUGAGCGGAAGUGAUUUUUUACGUUAUUUUUGUUUUCUCCAUAUACAAUGUUUGAUUAGUUAACGAAUUUCGUACUUACAAAUAUAUUAAGCCUAUCCAUCUUUCCGAGAUGUUUUUGCAAUCGUUUAAUUAUCUCGAGUCCAUGCGCACUUACAUGGAUUGUUGAUUGAACUCUGUAUGUAAAAAUAAAAAUAUUUUUAGGAACUA